CGAAUAGCGUACAAGAUGAAAGUACAGACAGUAUUGAGUUUGCUUGCCUUCUCAGGUCUCUUGACCAUCGUCACGUCCCAGGAGUUUGGUGAGGUGUACUGUGGAAGACGUCUUGCGACAGCUCUGGCCCUCCUCUGCGACAAUAACUUGAUCAAGAGGAAUCCUCCACAUUAUACAUCAACACAGAAUAUAGAGCUCAGCUGGCCCUGGAUAGAAGCGCACAGAGCACACAGCAUGGGCAGGAGUAAGAGACAGGUGGUCGCGGAGUGCUGUGACAAACCCUGCACCAUCAAUGAACUGCUCUCUUAUUGUGGCAAUUAAUCUCAUUAAUCAUCGGGACAUUGAUUUGUUUAAUGGUAUAAAUAUAAAUGUAUAGCAAAACAAAUAAAAAUGAGUUCUUGAA